GAAUGGCGUCCUUCCCUAAAAUUCUGUGCUUGUCAGGAAUUAUAAAGUCGAGGAAAUAUGACUUGGAUUGGUAUUUCUAUAUUUAAAGGGCGGUACAAUGGCUUCAGUGAAUAAUAGAGAAAAUUAUCUUUAAAGAACCAGUUAUUUGAUCUCUUGCUCUAAAAUCAAACGGUUUUUUUUCCUGACAGCAGUCAUGUUUCUUGCACGAAACGGGAAUAUGUUUAUCUCCUUGUGCAUAUGAACCUGUCUGAAGGCUCAGACUGCCCUAUAAUGUUAGACCAUUUCUCAUAGCCUAUCUCAUCUGUUACGACCAAGAUGUAGAAACGGACCGUUGAAGGACGCUAAUAUUUAAUAUGUAUUGCUUCCGGAAGAUUAGAACGACUUUAGAGGCUGCCACUUCAGAAUAUGGACACGUUUCUUCCGAUAAUUAUCUGUUGCGUUUUUAUACUCAAACCACCUCUUGGCAAAUAUUUACACGUAAAUUAUCACCUCCGUUGAGAAUAAUUAAGGAGACCUCUCCCCUUUCCUUUGGUUAUUUUGGCUAUAUUUCAAAACUAUCAGAAACAGGCCUGUGCAGGAUUAGUUGAAUUCAGCCUUUGCCAACAGGUCAGAGGAUGCUAAAGAGCGUCAAAUGUUCAUUUCUAUGGACUUUUCAAUAUUGACAUUAACCGUCCAAAGUCAUAGAUCUUGGUUUGUCCAAUUUUGGUUCAAUGAAGAAGCUAAGCUAAAAAACGGUGAUUCGGUUACACUUCAGUCUAUUGUCUGUUGCGCCCCUGAAUAUCCCACUUGAGGCAGAAUAGCAAAGUUAUAUUCAAAUUGUGGUUCUUGAGACAGAUCUGGUCCGGGCUGCAACUGUUCGCCAAUGACAAUGAUUCAGAUACAUCUGGUAAAUUGUCCCAGAUGUGCGUGAGUUAGUGUAAUUGAUGGUCAGCCAAUGAAGGUUAGAAAUGGUACUUGAACAAAAGGAGCUAUCUUUUCACCUAAAGGGUGGUGGAGAGAUAGUGCAAAGGGCGGUUUACUCAGCUUUGAAAAGUGCCAUGGCCUGGAGGUACCUGCUGGUUACUGCCACUCUCUUAUCGGGCUGCAAACAGGUCCUGGUAGAAGCAAGCUCCUGGUGGUCUUUAGCCAUGAAUCCCAUUCAAAUACCAGAAGUGUACAUUAUAGGAGCCCAGCCUUUGUGUAGCCAACUGGCUGGGCUUUCUCAAGGCCAAAAGAAGCUUUGCCAGUUGUACCGGGAUCACAUGCAGUAUAUUGGAGAGGGCGCUAAAACUGGCAUCAAGGAAUGCCAGCAUCAAUUCAGACACCGGCGGUGGAAUUGCAGCACUGUUGAUAACACAUCUGUCUUCGGCAGGGUCAUGCAGAUAGGAAGCCGAGAGACUGCGUUCACCUAUGGGAUCUCAGCAGCUGGAGUGGUGCAUGCAAUCAGCCGUGCUUGUCGUGAAGGGGAGCUGGCUACAUGUGGCUGCAGUCGUGCUGCACGGCCCAAGGAUUUACCACGUGAUUGGCUAUGGGGUGGCUGUGGAGAUAAUGUAGAAUAUGGCUACCGGUUUGCAAAGGAGUUUGUGGAUGCCAGGGAGAGGGAGAAGAUCUAUCAGAAAGGAACGUAUGAUAGUGCCAGGACAUUCAUGAAUCUUCAUAACAACGAGGCUGGAAGAAGGAUGGUCUAUAACUUGGCGGAUGUGGCCUGUAAAUGCCACGGCGUGUCGGGUUCUUGCAGCCUGAAGACCUGCUGGUUACAGUUAGCUGACUUCCGCAAGGUUGGCGAUGCGCUCAAGGAGAAAUAUGACAGUGCCACAGCCAUGAGGCUGAAUGGCCGCGGCAAACUGGUACAGGUGAACAGCCGCUUCAACCCGCCCACCACCCUGGACCUAGUCUAUGUCGACCAGAGCCCCGAUUACUGUGUCCGCAACGAAAGUACCGGCUCCCUGGGCACGCAAGGCCGUCUGUGCAACAAGACCUCGGAGGGCAUGGACGGCUGUGCGCUGAUGUGUUGUGGUCGGGGCUAUGACCAAUUCAAGACGGUUCGCACUGAGCGCUGCCACUGCAAAUUCCACUGGUGCUGCUAUGUCAAGUGCAAAAAGUGCACAGAGGUGGUCGAUCAGUUUGUCUGCAAAUAACCGGUACCCCUCCAAACACAGAAAACCUGUAGCUACAGAGGGAAAGAGAAACCUUGAGAAAUUCGAGACUCCUAGGAAUGGGCUGCAAAGCGCAAACUGCCUCUUAAUAUUUCAGCCAAUGGAAAGCAAAUUGAUCAAAUCAAAUGACAACUGCAAAACUACGUACAUUUUAAGCUUUACAGAAGAUCCAUUUAAAAUGCAUUUAACGCCAAACACUGACUAAUAUGGAAUUAGAAAGUAAUGGGAGACGGGUCUGCUCAAUUGUCAAAUAUCUAGAGACUAGGAUCAACACUCAACGUGCACUCAAGAGUUGCCCCGCCUUGAUAUCUCUCCAAGUGCAGACUGGCCCAGAGGGAAUGAUUGGUGUUGACUAUUUACGAGAUAAAAUUUUCCCUGAGAUCUGAACAUGGAAACAACGUGAACGCUCUUAACACUCUUGAUCUUUAAAGAGAGGGACUGCACACCCCCCCCCCCCACCAACCCCAGCCCAACCCAACCUAACCUAACCUGGAAGUGAACUAAUUUCGGAUAUAAGUGUGUCAAUCUAGUUUUACACUUCAGAAAUUUCACUAAAAAGGCAACUCUGCUGAUGAUCACUCAUUGGCUACCCCGAGACUUAAACUUGACAGAAGUUUCCUGGGUUCCUGUGUCACCUUCUAAUAUUUAAAAGCAUUGUUUAAUUCCUGGCUUGCCAUGUAUUUAUUUUGCAGAAAAUAUUUGCUGUGGUGGCAGUCUGGUUUCUGUGUGUUUUAAACCAGUUAAGUCCACACAAUGCACAGACUGGGAGAGUUGUAGCACAGAUGGACAUUAACGUAGAGAACAUCUUUCAUUGCAAUAUUUUAGUUUCCAAAAUAAAAGAUAUAUAACUGCAGGUCGAAAAUGGAAGGACUUGCUGGUAUGGUAACUAUAUAUUACGGGCAAACUAAGGUUUAUUGGUGUCUAAUAUUCCAACUUUGUAUAUACGUCUACAAUCAGCGAUUUAAAUUGUAUUUAUUACAAGUUAUAUUUAGAUUAGAUUUGUCUAAAUCUGCAUUUUAAUGGAUUUGCUGCAAUUGUAGUCAUCUAACAUGUCCAAUUUGUUUUCCUUUUGUAAAUCCGUGGAAUGUCACGCAAAGUGGACAUUGCUAAUGUUUGUAGGAUGUGUGUCUUCCUCCAACCCCCGAACAGUUUGGGAGUGGACGGGGGAGGGAGGUGGUUCAGUUCCCUGGAAUGUUGCACUGACCUAAGUUGUAAAAUUGUUACAAACAGCACUUGUGCACCGCACCAUUCCCAUAAAACGUUAGGGUAUUUUUUGGGGGUUGAAUUGGUUUAUAGUUUGUGUUGCGUUCGUUCCCAAGAAACAGGAGACUUUUUUUUUGUCGUGUCGGGUUAGCGUAGAACUUGCAUACGUGGGAAAUAUGGUAACUUGGUGACUAUCUUGUUGGGGCAAUAUUUGUCUCUGUGGUACCACAGUUUCUGGCAGCGUGUCUUUAUAGCGAUGCAUUGAACAUCUCUUAAGUGCUGUACAUUUCAAAGUGGAUUUUUUCAAUUAUAACGGUACAAUGUUGCAAAAAUAGAUAUAACCCAGGCCAGUAACAAAAAUGUCAUUGCAAUUAAUUUAACCGUGGAUAACUUUAAUCUCGUGUAUUUUGUUGUAUGCUUUUGGUGGUCUGACUAUGGAACAGUACUUGAUUAUAGUUCAUUGAAUAACCUUAAUCGUUAUACCACCCCUUAAUGUUUAAUGGCUAUUUAUGAGGAGAGUUAUUUUCAAUGUUGGAAAUAAAAUUGCUAUAGUUCCA